AGUGUGUGUGAUGAUGAUGAUGGCGGAGCUGGUGCAGGGACAGGCCUCGGUGGCUCAACCCGGGAUGAAGGCGGACGGAUUCACGGACCCGUUUCACCGCGCGCGACAGAUUAAGAUGGGUGGCGAGCCGCUGCCGCACAUGAAUAACUCGUCUCCAGUGGUCGAUGCUUCGCUGUACGGAUACGCUACACAGAAACGCUCGCUGGAUGAAGGAGUGGCAAACCAGCUUGGUGCAAUGGUACAUGGUACAAGGGCUAUAAUAACAGAAGACUUCAAAGUGCCUGAUAAGAUGGUUGGAUUCAUUAUUGGACGGGGCGGCGAACAGAUCACCAGAAUUCAGCUGGAAUCCAACUGCAAGAUCCAGAUCGCUGCUGACAGCGGUGGUAUGAUGGAUCGGCCCUGCACCCUGACCGGGACCCCAGAGAGUAUCGAGCAGGCUAAGCGUCUGCUGGGUCAGAUAGUGGACCGCUGUCGGAACGGGCCGGGUUUCCACAGUCAGAUGGACGGCAGCAGCGCGGUGCAGGAGAUCCUGAUCCCGGCCAGUAAAGUGGGCCUGGUCAUCGGGAAAGGAGGAGACACCAUUAAACAACUGCAGGAGCGGACAGGAGUGAAGAUGAUCAUGAUUCAGGACGACCCCAUGCCCACCGGAUCAGACAAACCCUUGAGAAUCUCCGGAGACCCCUAUAAAGUGCAGGUGGCAGUGCCCAGGUUUGCGGUCGGGAUCGUCAUCGGCCGAAAUGGAGAAAUGAUCAAGAAGAUCCAGAACGACGCCGGCGUAAGGAUCCAGUUCAAACCAGAUGAUGGCAUCAGUCCGGACCGGGUGGCUCAAGUCAUGGGUCAGCCAGAGCGGUGUCAGCACGCGGUUCACCUCAUCAAUGAGCUGGUGCAGACGGCACAGGAGCGUGAUGGUUUUGGGGGUCCGCUCGGGCCCCGGGGUCGUGGCAGGGGUCGUGGAGACUGGAACAUCGGCACUCCUGGAGGCCUGCAGGAGGUCACCUACACAAUACCGGCUGAUAAAUGCGGCCUGGUCAUCGGAAAAGGUGGAGAGACCAUAAAGAACAUCAACCAGCAGUCCGGCGCUCAUGUGGAGCUGCAGAGAAACCCUCCGCCCAACACCGACCCCAAUGUGCGCAUUUUCUCCAUCCGCGGAUCCCCUCAGCAGAUGGAGAUGGCCAGACAGCUGAUUGACGACAAGAUCGGGGCGUCUGGAAUGGGAGGAAACAGCAGUUUUGGACUCAGUCCUUUCACUCAAGGACCUGCGACUCCUCAUCAGAAUGGGCCGCAGACGUUCAUGACCGGAGGUUGGGGCACCACCUAUCAGACGUGGCAGCCUCAGAGUCAGCAGGACCCCAGUCACAACGGCUCUCAGAGCGGACAGAUGGACUACUCCAAAGCCUGGGAGCAGUAUUAUAAGAAGCUAGGUCAGCAGAACCAGGGCCAGAGCAGCGGCCCCGACUACAGCAAAGCCUGGGAGGAGUAUUACAAGAAGCAGACUCAGGCAGCCGGACCGGGCUCUCAGCAGAGUUCUCCUCCAGACUACAGCGCCGCCUGGGUGGAGUAUUACAGACAGCAGGGAGCUUAUUACGGCCAGGGACAAACACAGGCCCCCGGCCUCCCGG